CCGGUGGCCCUUCUCUCCACGGUCGACAUGCAGCCCGCGUUUUAUGUUGAUUUUCUCGCCGAGCCCACCCAGCAGGUGCUGAACGUGCUCCGCGCCAAUGGCGGCGGGAGCAUGACGGCUGGCCAGGUCAGGCGUAGCGCGGGCUACACGGAUAAGCAGCCGAGGGCCAUGGAGUUGAUGUUCCGCCAGAUGCGCCUGCUCUUCCCGGCCGGGACGGUGCGCGGCUCGCAGUCUCUGUUCGCGGGCCCGUCCACCUUGCUCGUGGAGAUCGGCCAUGCCUGCGCUGCAUUUUGCGCCUGGCCACUAUGCUCAGGGAUCCUGUUCCUCUCUUCGGAGCGCCUAUUGGUCGUCCGCGACGCGUCCGAAGGCACUUCGACCAGCGCCAUGGAUCAGGCCAUCAAAGACGACCCCGAGGGG